AUGACUGGAGUGUCAUUGGAUUUAAGAACACAGAGUUAUGGAUCACCACAGCAACCUCAAAACGGUUCAUUGCAGAUUCAAAAUGGAUUCAUUGUUCGCAAAUCUUCAAGGAUGUCGCUCUCUGGUUCAAGGGAGAAGGACAAACUUCUCCUCGUUUUGUGCAGAUAUCUCAGUAGAAAAAAGGUUGUAAUGCUAAUUUUACUUUCAUUUGCUCUCAUGGCAUUCCUUUCAGGGUUCUUCACCACCAAUAGAGAAGAUUCAUCCGAGAGCACGAUAUUUGAUCACUUCAACGAUGCAUACAACACCUCUUUACAAUUCUCCAGAAAAUUCGGUAGUCAAAAAGACGAUAAUUCAUCUUUUCAAACAACUCUAUCUGUAUGUGAAGAAAACCCUCCUAUCCACCAUUUUUCACCUCCACUUUCUUCAGAAUCCACCAUUUUUCACAGCAAUUUCUGUCAGAAUUUUGCAUUUCCACCCCCUCCACCUGGUGACAGAAGACGCCCUGGACCUCGACCCUGUCCUGUAUGUUACCUUCCUGUGGAGGAAGCCAUUGCUAGCAUGCCACGUGUCCCUUCACCAUCACCAGUGUUAAAUCACUUAACUUAUUUCCAUGAAGAAAGUUCUACAAAAACUGAACCACAUGAAGGAUCUGAUUUUGGUGGAUAUCCUUCAUUAAAACAAAGGAAUGAAUCUUUUGAAAUCAAAGAAUCAAUGACUGUACAUUGUGGAUUUGUGAAAGGAUGUAGACCAGGUUACAAAACUGGAUUUGACAUCGACAUUUCUGAUCUUGUGGAAUUAGAGCAGUUUCAUGACAUCAUCGUUGCAUCAGCAAUAUUUGGAAACUAUGAUGUGAUUCAACAGCCAACUAAAAUCAGUGAUCAUGCGAUUAAAAACAUCCCGUUUUAUAUGUUUAUUGAUGAAGAAACCGAAAGUUACAUGAGAAAUUCAAGUCUUUUGGACUACAGAAUGAAAGUUGGAUUAUGGAGAAUUAUCGUUGUGCAUAACAUUCCUUACACUGAUUCUAGACGCAAUGGAAAGGUUCCUAAGCUUUUACUACAUAGGCUGUUUCCAAAUGUGAAAUAUUCUAUCUGGAUUGAUGGAAAGCUGCAACUUGUUGUGGACCCAUAUAAGCUUCUAGAAAGAUUUUUAUGGCGACACAAUGCUACAUUUGCAAUCUCAAAACAUUAUAGGCGGUUUGAUGUGUUUGAGGAAGCUGAAGCUAAUAAGGCUGCUGGGAAGUAUGACAAUAAAUCGAUUGAUUAUCAGAUUGACUUUUAUAGAAACGAGGGGUUGACUCCUUAUUCAGAAGCUAAGCUUCCUAUAAUCAGUGAUGUUCCGGAAGGUUGUGUGAUUAUAAGGGAACACAUUCCAAUUACAAAUUUGUUCACAUGUUUGUGGUUUAAUGAAGUUGAUCGAUUUACUUCAAGGGAUCAGUUGAGUUUUGCUGCUGUAAGGGAUAAGAUCAUGGGACAAGUUGACUGGAGUGUUAACAUGUUUAUGGAUUGUGAAAGACGAAACUUUGUCAUACAGGCGUAUCAUCGAGAUCUGUUAGAGCACAUGCCACCGCCUAAUUUAAGGCGGAAUCGUGAUUCCAUUCCGGUGUCGGUAUCUGUGCGGGGGAAUCCGAUUGCUAGGAAUCCGGUAAAGAAGAGUCCGGUGAAGCGCGGGAAAGGAGAGAGGAGAACGAGAUCAAGGAGACAUUCGAAGAAUCCUAGUAACAGGGAUAACAUGGUCUUUUGA